GAUGUCAAGUCUCGCGUUAUCAGCCGCGAAAUCCCGUGCAAGAAAACAACCAGGAAGCGAAUGGCGGAGAUUUUGAUCCACCUCACGCUUAUUUAGGUAGGAGUAUCUGAGCACACCGUCGGUUUCCCCGCUGAAUGGAACAGCUGCCUUCAGCUCAAAAACGGUGAAGGGCUUUGAUGAGUCGAUGUAAUCGCGUCGGUGGAACCGGUAACGCUAAUGGACGGAUAGCCGGCGGAGAGCAUCCGGUCACUGACAGCCUGCCUUAUUAACUGCGAUAUAUGGCCCUGCUCCUCGGCUCGCCGUAACAAGACGACGAAGCGGGCAUCAUGUUCCUGAAGACGUCUUUCACCAGCCUGAUCGUGGGUGUGUUUGUGGUGUACGUGCUCCACACCUGCUGGGUGAUGUACGGGAUAGUGUACACGAAACCCUGCGACAGCCCCAAAGGGGAAAACUGUUUCACACCCUAUCUGGCACAGGAGCCAAAACUGCAGUUGAGUAUCUACACUGCACUACGGCCCGAUGCAGAAGGAGGACAUACUUUGAUCCACAAAGAGGAAACAUUUGACGUCAACAGCAAGUUUGAGAGGAUAGUAAAUGUCUCCCUCUCUAAGAAGACCCGCAACAAUGGAACUUUAUACGCGCUGGUAUUCGUUCAUCAAGCUGGCAUCACUCCAUGGCAGGAUCCGCGACAGGUCCACUUGGUGGCUCAGCUCACCACUUACAUGGUCCCUAAACCGGCAGAAAUCUCUUUGAUAUCCGGAGAGGAUCAAACACAGGGGAAGGAAGAAGAAACCCAGCAGAAGAAACGCGGCAGUAAGCCCACAGGAGGGGCCGGAGCUGGUACCGCUUCCACAGCAGAUCACCCAGUGUCCCACUGGCGCACCCGCCUGACGCUCAACGUUGUGGGAGACCACUUUGUGUUCGACAAAGAGAACGUGCCUGGAGAUGUCCACAGAUACCUCAGAGUAUUCCAAAAUGGUAAGAAGAUGGCUUACUUACCUCUGCUGUUUGUUGACGAGCUCAGCAACCGAGUCAAGGACCUUGUGGAGAUCAACAGUACCUCCAAGGAGCUCCCUCUGACCAUCUCCUACGACUCUAUCUCUCUGGGGAGGCUACGGUUCUGGAUCCACAUGCAAGACGCUGUUUUCUCCCUGCAACAGUUUGGUUUCACAGAAAAGGAUGCUGAUGAGAUAAAGGGAAUCUUUGUGGAUACCAACCUGUACUUCCUGGCUUUGACCUUCCUUGUAGCUGCCUUCCAUCUCCUCUUUGACUUCCUGGCAUUCAAGAACGACAUCAGUUUCUGGAAGGAGAAGAAAAGCAUGGUGGGAAUGUCCAGCAAAGCCGUGCUAUGGCGGUGCUUCAGCACAAUCGUGAUUUUCCUCUAUCUGUUUGACGAGCACACCAGCCUGCUCGUCCUCAUACCGGCGGGUGUCGGCUCCAUCAUCGAAGUGUGGAAAGUGAAGAAGGCCCUUAAGAUUCAGGUUUCCUGGAAAGGAGGAAAACCAACAUUCCUGUUUGGGAAAUUGGAUGAAUCCGAGAGGAGAACAGAGCAGUACGAUACUCUGGCCAUGAAGUAUCUCUCAUUCCUCCUCUACCCCAUGUGCAUCGGAGGGGCUGUGUAUGCGCUAAUAUAUCUACGAUAUAAGAGUUGGUACUCGUGGCUGAUCAACAGUUUGGUUAAUGGUGUAUAUGCUUUCGGCUUCCUCUUCAUGCUCCCUCAAUUAUUUGUCAACUAUAAGCUGAAAUCUGUGGCCCACUUGCCGUGGAAAGCCUUCAUGUACAAGGCAUUCAAUACCUUCAUCGACGAUGUGUUUGCCUUCAUCAUCACCAUGCCAACGUCACACAGACUGGCUUGUUUCAGGGACGACGUUGUGUUUCUUAUUUACCUCUACCAGAGAUGGCUCUACCCAGUGGAUAAAACAAGAAUAAAUGAGUAUGGAGUUUCCUAUGACGAAAAACCCAAAAGAAAGCCUCAUAAGGACUAAAGAGGAAAGACAGGCCCCUGGCUUCCAUGAUGUGGUACCUACAUGAUCUAUCUUCAGGGCACUAGGACCACUGACCGGUACGGGUCAUCUGAGCUGGUUUAGUGGUCCAGAGGUGUCUGGGUCAGUUAAUUGUAAAUGGACCUAAUAGAUCAAGAUUUUUGUCUUUUUCAAUACCGUGCAAAGUGUUGAAAGGGAAACAUCAGCUUAUUUUCCAUCUGCCGUCAGGAGAGGAAUAUUUUAGUUUUAGGGCCUGUGGCGGAACAGUAAGAUCAAUAAGAUAACCAUUCAAACUGAGGCAACAACAUGGAAAAGUGUUUUUCUGAUUUGGGAGAAUAGCCGGCACACUGUUAACGACUAUGGCAACCAUGGGUCAGACAUUACUCAGCUUUGCCAUGAAACACUGGUGACUAAAGUGAAGUCAGCACUUCCUCUUUAAACAAGACAAAGCCCAUCAAAUCCCUUGUCAAUUGGAACAAUUCUGCUCUGUUAAAAGUAUGAUUUAUUACAUUUAAAACAUCUCUUGAAGGACCACGCUAAAAUAUAUAUUUUCUAAAGUUGAAUUGUUAAGUCUAAAAUUUCCCGGUUCAGAAUACUUUAAUGAGCUCAUAUCUAACUACAUUCAUUUUCUACAUUUUUAUUAUAGAAGUGUAUUGCACCCCAACCCAGAAGAAAGUGGAUUUUGCUCAGUUAAUUAUUACCGUUUCAGAUUGAGGGCUUUUCUAGAAAUGAUAUGACAUUGGGCCAAUGUCAAAAUAUUUCUCACUGUUAGCAAUUUAAAAGUAUGAAUGUAGUAAUGUAAAAAUGUAGACAAGGCAAACCUGUUUUAACCAUGGGGCUCUUUCCAGAGGGACCCUCUGUUUAACCUUCCUGUUGAGGGAGAAUGGAGGGCUUUGUCAAAACGGCGAGGGGUAUCUGCUAACCUGUUUUAUAUCGUAAAACAUAUCUUUGUACUUUCUAUUUCACAAGCAUCUAACAAGAAAAAUAAAAAAAACAUUGACUUCUAAACCAAAAGGAAAAGAACUGGAAAUACAAAAAUGUUAACUCCUUUCUGGGUUUUUGGACUUAUUCCUCCACCACAUAAAAGAUUAAGCAAGGAUUCAAAGUGCAACUAAAAGGUAACAAAGAAUUAGUUAUACAUUUGAAUGAUAUCACUCUUAUUUUAAGAAUCAUAAUGUACUUGCUAGCUAUGUCCAUAUGAUGGCUGCAGCAUGUUACAAUAUACUGACUUUCAUUCCACUGUAACAAAGGGAUCCACUCUAGUUUUGUUAUCUUACCUGCUUGAGUAUUUUUUACAUAUCAUGGCCAAGAAAAUUAGUUGGUGCCAAAUGUGACAAUAAUUCUACAAAGCUUUUUUAUGUUCACCAUAAAUGAUCCAUCUGAUGUUUUCAAAUAGACACUGACAUUAUGAAGGAAACUGAUAAUGGUAAGACUUGAGGAAAGUAUUACUACGUUUGGAUUUACAGCCACAUCUUGAUUUCUCUGUUCUAUUGUCAUUUUUGUUCUUGGAUAAUUCUUUAUUAAUAUUAUGAUAUAUUAGAUGUGUGAACAAAAUUCAAGCAUUGUGUUCAAGUUUGUUUCUGUGAACAGGCAAGAUUUUCCAGACAAUUGCCUUCAAAUGCAUUUAUUUAAUUGUAAUGAUUGUGUUUUUGAUUUAAAUAAAAUUGUCAACUAAA